AUGGGCUGGCAUGACGUGCUUACUGGUGGCUCGAUGUUCAAUGGCGAGGCCCACUCGCGUCGCCUGUUGUUCAGCGCAUUCGCUGAGCAUAUCAAUCCCGCCCUCCUCGCCCUGCUCGUGCGGUCCCUGGACGGCUCAAUGCCCACCGCUCCCGAGCUCGCUGCUACUGGCGGCUACGACGAGUCGGCAUUCCUGGCCUACCUCAAGAUUGCUCUGCGAGAGGAUCGCGAGGACACCACUCCGGCUGACCUCGUUUACAGCGGUCAUACGCGCCAACCUCGCAGCCGUCGCACGCAACACGAAUCCGAUUCGAGGAACGGGGUGGCGGGAAUGGGGAUUUGGCAGAGCUACGCCAAGGCAGCCGACGAGUUUACCGACCUCCAGUUUACCGGCACGGUUAUCGUACCGGAGCCGUCCACGCCGGCCGAGAAUGUGCUGGACGGCCUCCUCGUCCACUUCGCCGAGGCCUCAUCACACAUUGGCUCGGCACAUGUAUCGGCGAACAUCCUCGACAACCGCGCUGCCAACCCGGACUUCCAGGCAGUACACGGCGACACGAUCCCCGGAAGGACAAACCCCGGCGAUGGCUUGAGCUGCCGGUCAACGCAGUACCCUCAGCUAGUCGUCGCCAACGACAAGAACAAGACCGUCCUCGACAGCAAGCUCAAGUUGACUGACAAGCCCGAGGAGACAGAGCCCCUCAAGAUUUCGGGCAAGGACGCCUCCAAGAAGGAGAUCAAGCACUCCGCAGACAAGAAGGACAUGGUCCAGAGCACGAGCAAGGGAGACAAGGUUGUUCAGUAG